AUUGCCCCUCCCUUCUCCAAACUCCAAACUCCAAACUCCAAAUUUCAGCAAUGGAAGCUUUAGCCCCAAUCUCCAACUCUCUCUUCCGAUUCACAAAACCUUUAAAUUCGAUCCCAAAUCGGAGACCAAAAACCACGAUUGCCGCCAUAAACGACGCCGCUUCGCAGCAGCAAGCUGAUCCCUCCCAACUCCAGAUUACUUGGCAAAUAGCCGUCGGCGCCAUUGCUGGAGUAACCCCGUUUGUGGUGGCCGGAAUUGAGUUCACCAAGAGAAUUGUGGCACAGCAAAGAUGUGAAGAAUGUGGAGGUUCGGGGCUUGUUCUUAUGGAGGACGACUACUUCCGUUGCCCACAAUGCGGUGGGUUUUUGCCUUGGCAGUCAUGGAAGCGAUUCUUUUGGGGCUAAACAUCUAAAAAAACAACAAAAAGCACUUCAUUUAAGCACUUCUAUUCCUUGAUUGUAUUACAUGUAAUUAUGGUACUAAAGAUGUGUUUACAUAAAUUAAAUGCUCAAUCAAAUGGAAUGGUAACAUAUUGCUCAUUGGUYUGUAAUUGUUACAGCCCUAAACUGUGAAUAUCCUACCACUUUUAAACUUA